GGAGUGUCCAUCAACCCACCUUGAACAACAAGAACAACAACACCAGACUACCCACACAGAACCUCUAAUACUUCAAAUCUCCAAUCAUUUUCAACAUGCUCUCCAAAGUCCUCGCUGCCACCAUUCUCUCAGGUCUCGCCUUGGCUGCCCCCAUGUCUAAGCGACAGAACCCUCGACACAUCUCCAAGAUCUACGCCAGCAACGGACAAUGUCUUGGUUUCACCGAGUCUCAGGACCUGUACAACGGUACCCCCGUAGGAAACGUCGACUGCAACUCUGACGCUGCCAUCGAAUGGAUGUUCUUCGUCGGAGAGGCCAACCACAUCUACCCCGGCACGAACCCCAACUUCGUCUUGGACGCUGGUUCCGACCCCCACAACUUUGGAAAGUUGCACCUCUGGCAGCCCUAUGAAAACUUGUUCCAGCAAACCUGGUGGUACACUACCGACAACCGAAUUGCCAUCUACAACGGUGACCAGUGCAUCGACGACGGCAACGGUGGACAAACUUACCAAUGCACAACUGGAAACACGAACCAAGUCUGGUUAUACGACGGCGAGCCUGGCCACUACACCUGCGAGGACGCCACUACCACCACCGUUACUGUCACUGCCACUCCCACCGCCACUUCGUCGUAAACGAGUGACAUGAUUCUAUGCCAAACCCGAGGCAUAUGGACAUUGAAUUUACUGUAUCGAUCAACAUAAUCAGUCUCCAC